AUGGCUAGCGAUGGUGAAAGAGGAAGGUUGUUGGUGGUGCAAGAGAAGAGAUUAUCAGUGGGUAAUGGUGGUUUAAUGGCUAUGGUAGUUUUGAAAAAGGAGAUGGCAAUUGUGGAGUGGAACGAGAGACAUGUCUGUCCCCUUCCUGCCUUGCUCGCUCUCGGCGACAUCUACAAAGCUCGUACCCACUUUACUCUCCUCGUUACAUCCGCCUCUCUCCUUCUCUUAAAAAACCCCUUCACUUCCUCUCAAAGUAACCGCCAAACACACCUUCCCUCCCUCUCAUCAGCGGACUUCACAUUUUCUCUGUAA